AUGGCUACUACUCGGAGGAAAAAGAAUCAGAUUCAGCAGCUCAAAAAUGGCAAUGGUGAGUGGGUGACAUGGGAGAAUGGUUUAGAUCAAGUGGUUAUUGAUUAUUUUCAAUCUUUGUUUACAACGUUGAAUGGUGAUAUGGAGGAGGUUUUGCGACAUGUUCAGGCACGUGUUUCUUCAACAAAUGCAGAUUUUCUUGUUUUGCCUUAUACUAAUGAUAAUGUUAAGAAUGCAGUUUUUGGAAUGCAUCCUGACAAAGCUCCUGGGCCGGAUGGAUUGAAUCCUGGUUCCAAUUCUACCUCAAUAAUUUUAAUUCCUAAGAAGAAAACGUCGGAGUAUAUUAGUGAUAUGAGACCUAUUUCUUUGUCAAAUGUCAUAGAUAGAGUUGUAUGUAAGGCUAUGGCAAAUCAUUUAAAGCUUGUUUUACCUGAUGUCAUUUCACAUGUUCAGUCUGCUUUUGUUCCUGGGCGCUUGGUCACGGAUAACAUUAUGAUUUCUCAUGAGGUGCAUCAUUUUAUUAAGGGUAAGAGACAAGGGAAGACGGGUGUAGUAGCUAUAAAAACUGAUGUUUCAAAGUUUCCUCUGUUGAUUACCAUUGUUUUAUAUGGUAAUAAUGCUUAUGGUUCUAUCUUGCCUUCGAGAGGUUUGCGCCAAGGAGAUCCUUUGUCUCCGUAUCUUUUUAUCUUGUCUGCUGAAGGUUUAACUGUUUUGUUGUCUGCUUGUGAAAGGAGUGGUCUGAUUACUGAUGACAGUCUCUUCUUUUUUAAAGCCCGGGUUUCGAAUGCAACAAAUUUGAAGCAUUGCCUUUCUUUAUAUGCUACUGCUUCUGGUCAAUAUAUAAAUUUUGCUAAGUCUUCAGUGUAUUUUAGUCCCAAUACCAAUGCACAUGAUCGUGAGGAAAUUUGCUCCAUUUUAAGUGUGGCUGAGACUGAUUCCCAUGGAUCUUAUUUGGGAUUGCCUAUAGUUGUUGGUCGGAAUAAAACAGAUGUUUUUAAUUUUGUGGUGGAUAAGAGAGAGAUGAAUCAAUUUGGUGGGAUAAUAAUGGCAAAGGCGAUGGCCAUUCCGAAAUGCCAAGGGGGGAUUGGUUUUCGUAGAUUGAGGGAGUUUAAUCUUGCUUUGCUUGCUAAACAGGGAUGGAAUUUUUUAGUUCAGCCAAGUUCUCUCGUAUCUCAGAUUUAUAAAGCUCAUUACUUUCCUGAUGUGUCCUUUUUAGAGGCGUCAAUUGGACACAAUCCUAGCUACAUAUGGAGAAGUAUUCUAGCUUCUCAAUCAUGUUUAAAGAAAGGUUGCUAUAAAAGAAUUGGGAAUGGAUUAAAUAUAAGAAUUUGGGGGGAUCCAUGGCUAUGUAACCAUGAUAAUUUUGUUGUGGUUUCGGAAAAUAAUACGGGUAUAGAAGAUGUUAAAGUAGCAGACUUAUUUAUACCUGGUUUGCGAAUAUGGGAGACUGCUUUUAUUAAUGAAGUAUUCGAUCCUCAUGAAGCUAUUGCAAUUCUUUCAAUUCCUUUGAGUUAUUCUGCUACUGAUGAUGUUUGGCAAUGGAAAUGGGAGAGUAAAGGGAGAUAUACAGUGAAAUAUGGGCAUGGCAGAGGUUGCAGGUUCAGGGAGCAGUUAGCUGAGGUUGUUAUGAUUGCUUGGCAAAUUUGGAAUUCAAGGAAUAAUUUGGUUUGGAAUCGUAAGCGUGUCGGGCAAGCUGUGGUUGUUUCUCAAACUCGUAAUGUUUUGCAUGAGUGGAGACAGUAUCCACCAGUUGAAGGUUUUAUUAAGUGUAAUAUUGAUGGCGCAAAUGGCCCAAAUCAAAGUGCUAUUGCAUGGUUGUGUCGGGAUACUUCAGGCGGUUUCAUGAGUUGCCAUGCACAUCCGCAACAAGUUAUUUUUGAGCCUUUGAUUUGUGAAGCGAUUGGUGUUCGUGAGGUUCUGAGUUGGCUGAAGGAAAAUCAUGAGUCAUGCUUAUGUAGAGACUGA